CUAGGGAGAGGAAAACUGGGCUAUAUAUAGCGUUGCAUUCCGUCUAUCGAGGUAUAACCAACCAACGGUUCUUUGGAAACACAUAGCUCGAGCAACUUGCACUACUUUGAAAAUGAUGAAGGGUAUUGCAAUUGUGGCCCUCGCCUGUGGCUUGGCAAUUGUGGCCAACGCCUGCAGCAUUACUUUACCCGACGACGUAAAGGGUUUUGCCCCGGUACUGUUGACGCGCACCUCUUCCAAUAAGGAUUAUGAACUAUUCAAACCCAGCGGUAAAACUACUGAACUAUCCGAUGGCACCAAGCUCUUGUUGGCUUGCACCGGCAGCAAAAAUGUUAUUGUCUCCGAGAAGAAGAGUACCCUGGAAUUGACCUGUUCCGGUGAUCAAUUUGUUGAUGCCAAUAACAAUGCGUACGACUUGAAGGAUUUGGUUUGCAAAUCCAUACCCAGUCCAACAUUGAGGGUAACCGAUGAGUCAUGUUCCCAAAAUCGUGGUGUUAUCCAUCAACCUGGCUUCACGGUCAACAAGAAAUUCUAUGGUCCCGUAUUUGAGAUUUGCUAUAACAAUGAUAUCGAACACACCUAUUACACGCACAAUACCAUAAAUGGAGCCACCAUUGAUAAUGCUAUCUCGGAAAGUACACGCCGCUCGUUCAGUGCCAAGGGCAUGAAAUAUACCACCACAAAGACCAACAAAUACUAUACCCAAGCCAAUCAAGUCGAGUUGUUCAAGAAACUGUUCGGUUCGAAGCAGACCUACAUUGAUGGCUCAGAUUAUUUCGCCCGUGGCCACUUGACACCAGAUGCUGACUUCAUUUUUGGUUACGAACAGCUGGCCACAUAUUUCUAUACCAAUGUUGCACCGGAAUAUCAACUCAUCAAUGCUGGAAAUUGGUUGCGUGUUGAGGAGUUGGCACGUUCUGUUGCCGCCUCCUAUGGCGAUGAUUUGGAGACAUACAACGGUUAUUUGGGUCAGUUGCAGUUGGAAAAGUCGAAUGGUCAGCUGAUUGAUAUCUUCUUGGAUGAUGGCAAGAAGAUUGAAGCUCCCAAGUACUAUUUCAAAGUGUUGUUGCAUAAACCCUCCGACGAGGGCAUUGUCUUUGUAACGGUCAACAAUCCAUUCGCAGCCAAUGGUGAAGCAGAGGAGAUUUGUGAGAAUGUUUGCGACCAGGCCGAUUUGAAACAUGACAAUUUCCCAACUCUCUCGAAAGGUUAUACCUUCUGCUGUCGUUUGGAGGAAUUCAAAUUGAGUUACGAUGCCUUGCCCGAAGAUGUUGAAGCUGGAAAAUUGAUGACUCGUAAAAAUUGAAAUUUGAAUAUUGGCAAUGUUUGUAAUAUGUUAAUACGUAUGUAAUAAUAAUUUGUUUUAUAUACAUUAUUGAAAGGCAGAUAAAUUAAUGUUUAAUUAAAUAAAACAUGUAAAUUAAUUAAA